AUGAUAUCUGUGGGUGUCAAAGACGCAUGGGACACCCAGCAUCGUCUCGUGGAUGGCAAACUUGCCUCGCUUGCUGACAGCAGCCACGAAAAAGCCGCCUUCGACAGCUUACUCCUCGUUCAACACCCACCCACCUACACACUGGGCACAGGAAGCACCCCUUCCAAUAUCCUUUUCGACCCAAAUGACCCUCAGAAUGCCCCCGCGGCGCUCUUCAAGACAGAGCGGGGGGGUGAAGCCACCUGGCAUGGCCCAGGGCAACUGGUCGCCUAUCCGGUCUUGGACUUGAGACAUUACAAACAAGACCUGCACUGGUACUUGCGGGCAUUGGAAGAGGUGGUGAUCCGGACGCUGGCGCCCUUAGGUGUCCGUGGAGGAAGGGAAGAAGGACUGACGGGUGUGUGGGUGGAGGGACGGAAGGUGGCCGCAGUGGGGGUCAAGGUCAAGAGAUGGAUAACCAUGCACGGCGUGGCUCUGAAUAUCGACCCGCCCAUGGAAUAUUUUCGGCACAUUGUGCCCUGCGGCAUUGGGGACCGGCCCGUGGGCUCGCUCCAGGAGGCGUGGGAGCGGCAAGGGAAGACAGGAAAGCUGCAGGUGCAGGAUGUGACCCCGUUGAUGGUCAAGGCUUUCGAAGAAGUCUUUGGCGUGGCGCUAGAUAGCGUCCAAGACUGA